UCUCAAAUCUGCACUCGUCGUUGAACGGGAAGGCUCUGCCAGCCUUCUCUAUACAUACAGAGGAUCUUACCAUUUUCUGACUUAGCCUACAUAUACAGACCAUGGACACCCACCCUUUUUCUAUAGAAAGCAUUCUGAAGAAGCCCUAUGCUAAGAAAGUCGAAGAAGAGACAAAAACGCAGCCUUCAAACUCCAACGAGGCGCUAUCAUUAGCUGUAAAGCUGGCUGAUGUCAUACUGGAAGCUCAACAAGAGACAACCCGCCGUACACCUCGACGCACGCGCACUGCCUUUACGCAUCAGCAGUUGGGAGUCCUGGAACAAUUUUUCAAUAAAACACAUUAUCCGGAUGUAGAAUUAAGGGAAGAACUUGCUGCAAAGACCAAUUUGCAAGAAGGCAGGAUUCAGGUUUGGUUUAAAAAUCGACGGGCUAAAUUUCGAAAGGAGAAAGGAAAAUUUACAUCAGAAGUGGGCCUUAGCAGUAAAAGCGAAGACGAGAUUAUUCAAAACAUAUCUCAGGCAAUUCUAGCUCAAGAAGCACCAUGUUGUUUCCAGUGUAACAUGUCAUUGCCGCACUACUGCAUCUGUGGUGAUCCCGAGGAAGCCGUGAAAAAUUUCCACAGGAUUUCUUCUAGCAUGUUCUCUCCGUUUGCUACUCAUGCUCAUUUGGCGCACGUUAAUGGUCUUCAUUGCUGUCCGAAUGGCAGUCAUGAAGGAUUAAGUGCGGGGUAUUUCGCGAGGAUGAGGAAGAUGAAGAAGAGAAGAGACUGGAGCGUUGGGGAACGCUCUGCACUUUAUUCCUUGUGACUAAAAAAGUGAAAAGUCUUUAGAACGAAAAAAUCGUUGAAGGAUUGUACGAGCGGCCAAUAAGAGCCAAAGUCGUUUGCUGAUGACGUGACAUUAGAAUCUACGUCAAAACACCUUUCAAAAUCAACCAAGUAGGAAAUUCUUGUCCCUCCGGACUGAGCAAAUAUCUAGGAGAAGUGAAUGAAAGAUAGUAUAGUGUCCUGCGUGGAUCCGGUGUCGAUUUUAAACGAGAGAUUUGAGAAUUAAAAUGCUUUUAGUUCCUUUCCUUCAAUUUUUUUUUUUUUACUUUAGGACCCAAACCUUACGAUUAUUGAAUACACCGCACACCGAUUACCAUUACACAGAAGCUUAGACCUCAGUUUUGAUGUUCAGAAUUUUCCAUCUUAAC